AUGGGCAUUUCCCUCAACGACUUCUACUUUCUCCACCCGGAAAUUGACGCCAACUGCACGGACCUCAUGCUAGGCAUAGCAUAUUGCGUUGAGGCUGUCGGUGGCAUCCCAUAUCGAAACACGUACUGUGUUGCUGGGCCGACAACCUUUACCAGCACCACGACACCGGCGUCCUCAACGGCCACCACCGGCGCAGUUCCGACCGAAACGGGCAUCAUCUCCACCUGCAAGACCUACUACACUGCCGUCGAGGGCGACUCUUGCUGGUCGAUCGAGCAGGCGUAUGGGGUCAGAGCGGACGACUUUGUAAGCUGGAAUCUGGCUGUUGGGGAGGAUUGCUCGGGGUUGUGGUUGGGUUAUUCCUACUGUGUUGGGGUGUAA